AUGAAAUUCCUUAAUCAUCAUAAUGAUCCAAAAACUUUUCUAGAGUCAUUAGGAAUAGAUCAUGCCAAGGGUUAUUUUAAUGGUUAUAUAGGUGUCAAAAAGACUAAAAUCUAUAAUUUUAUGUCUACAAUAUCUUAUAUGUUCAAGAAGGAAUUAAAACCAUAUUUGUGGAUGCCUUUGAUAUCUAUGUUGAAGAUAAGGGUAGAGAAAGUCAAUAAAUUGUUGAUAUCAAACAAAGAAACUCAUAAAGAAUGGAAACAUUGGUUGGAUAUAACUCCAGACGAGGGUUAUAAUCUGAUAUUAGAACCAUUGUUGGAGUAA